AUGCCCCGGCGAGUACAGGAGCCGGCUGCCGCCGGCACCGCCGCCGGCACCGGCGCCGGCACUGGCACAGGAACGGGCGCAGGAGCUAGAAGUGGUAUAGGAACCGCAGGGCGCACACCUCCCCCUAACCGCGUCCUCCAACGCACGGGACCACCUCGUCCGGGCCAAGGCCAACUUCUCAUCCGACGAACACAACCGGGCCAAAAUCAAAAUCAGGGCCAAGGACAAGGGCAAGGCGGUAAACAACAAGCACAGGGCCAGCGAUUCGGUGGCCCACGGUCCGGAUCCCGAGGCCCGGGCGGUCAAGCUCCAUCCCAAUUCCAAUCUCGAACUCCUGGGGCAGGUGCUUCUUCCAACACCAACGCCAACACCAACCGCACAGACCGGCGCGUCCGCCGCCUCGCAGAAACCAAGGCCUCGCGGUCCGCCGAGGAGGAAGACCCGUCGUCCUUCCACGCCCAAGACCUCCCCACCCGCGUAGAGAACUACAUCAACACAAUAGUCGACCCGCCCGUCAACCCGACCACCGAACUGCCGCACACCCCCGGCACGACCCUCGCCGAGCCAGAGCUGCGCAAGGACUGGCCCAACACCCCCCUAAGCAACGCCGGGCUUGUGGAAAGCGUGCAGCAGCGCAUCGAAUGGCUCGCCCACCGCCUGCCGCACGGCUACCAGACGCCCAACCAGCUCGCCAUGCAUUACACGCGCGGAUACCUCACGCGCUUCGAGUCCGCGGAGGAGCGCGACGAAGUCGUCUCCAUUUCACGCCAGCUCGCGCAGAAGUGGGCGGAUCGCGAUACCGAAAGGGCUGGUGGCUCGGGAGGAGAGGUGCAGCCUGAGAACAUGGAGUUUGACAGCAUCGCGGACAGAGAGAGCGAGCGGAAGGGGUUGGCCGAGACCUGGGUCAAGGGCGUGUAUCCCGAGGUGCAGAAGCAGAAGAUGCCCUUCUUGGACCAGAUCGUGAGGAAUCUGAAUAAUAAUGGCACAGUGACGCCGGGAAAGGCGGAGGAGUUCAUGCGGACGGUGCAGAGUGUCAUUGUUUCCAGGCAGUUGUCGCAAGGUGGAGCUCAGGCGCCGAAGGCGGCUCAGAAAUGA